CAGUGGUAGUGGGUCAUAUGAACUAUUUAUUGCCUUGCGAACCGAUAACAGACUCUACUAAGAACUCUCUGUGGCCGACAACAGAUUUGCUCUGAACUAUGGCUCUUAGACUAAUCAAUAACGCUCUGCGCCGCCAGCUGGCUGCCCAAUUGCCACAUAACGCCCAAGUGGGCAGUGUGGCCUCCGUUCACACGCUCGAUAAGAUCGGCAAACGCGAGAUUGUGGGCUUUGGCUGGAACGGCACAGCAUGCUAUGCGGAUCGUGCUGAUUAUCCAAUGCCCGCUGUUCGCUUCCGCGAGCCCACCAAUGAAAUCACCGCGCUGCGCACCAAGGAACAGGGCGACUGGAAGAAGCUCAGCCCACAAGAGAUCAAGGCUCUCUACCGUGCCAGCUUCUGCCAGACCAUUGCUGAGGUUCAAGCCGGCAGUGGCGAGUGGAAAAUGCACUUGGGCGUUGGCCUGAUCUUUACCGCCGCUGCCAUUUGGAUUGCCGUGCUGAUGAAUCUGUUCGUCUACGAUGAAUUGCCCGUCACCUUUGACGAGGAGCACCAGAAGGCGCAAUUGAAGCGCAUCAUCGAUUUGGAGAUUAAUCCAGUCACCGGCUUGACCUCCAACUGGGACUACGAGAACAACAAGUGGAAGAACUAAAUGCAAUCCACGGCAAUUCCAACUUGAAAGUAAUUAAGCAAAAAUUCAGGGGCACUCUGUAUAUUUAAGUGGCCAGAAGCAAGAAUAGUUGAAAUUAAAUAAUGGCCGCUGCCAAGCCAAAAAACAAAA